UUUGCUGUGUAUUUUUUUUAAACUUUAGGAUAUUCGAAUAAUUAGAAUUUAAAUAGAGUUAACAAGGUAGUAUUUCAACAUAUACUGGAGUAUAUAAUUUUUUAUUUGUAAUAAAUUGUUUUUCAUAAAAGUAGCUUUUAAUGAAAAAAGAUGAUGUCAACAAGAUAUGUUUCCUUUAUAUCUGGAAUAAUAAUAGCCUCGUUAACAUGGGCUUUUAGUCUAUAUCUUUAUUCGAAACUCUCUCAAAGUACUAAUACUGUAAAUCCAACAAUGUUAGUAUUAGAGAAUUCAAAGUUAGGAAAAGAAUCCCAAUUUUAUCGUAAAACUUACAACAAUCUUAAAUUCCAUAAUAAUUUAAUUGCUCACCAUGACAAACAAAGUAUGAUUGACAAAAAUACUUAUAACUUAAGAAGAAGUAAUUUUAAAAAUAGUGAUAAACUAUUGCAACAAUUGCAACCUGUGCCAGUAAAAUCUGCUGUUACAUUAGGACAAGGUUUAGAUGAAUUAGGUAUGGUAAGAAACUUUGAUGAUCAACGAAAACGAGAUGAAGGAUAUAAGAAUUAUUCCUUCAAUAUAUUAGUGUCAGAUAAUAUUGGAUUGCAUAGAGAGUUGCCAGAUACAAGGCAUAAAUUAUGUGAAGAACAAAAGUACUCCUCCAAGUUACCAAAUGCUAGUAUUGUUAUAUGUUUUUAUAAUGAACAUUAUAUGACACUUUUGAGAUCCUUACAUUCUAUUAUUGAUAGAACUCCUAAAAAUCUUUUACAUGAAAUUAUCUUAGUAAAUGAUUGGAGCGAUGACAAAGCUUUACAUGAAAAAAUUAAAAUAUAUUUCAUUAAUAAUUUCAACGAUAAAGUGAAGUUUUUUAAAACAGAAAAACGAGAGGGAUUAAUUAGAGCAAGAAUGUUUGGUGCAAGAAAAGCAACUGGACAAGUUUUAAUUUUCUUAGAUAGUCACAUAGAAGUAAACAAAAGAUGGAUAGAACCACUUCUCUCACGAAUUGCUCAUUCAAAAACCAUCACUGCCAUGCCAAUUAUUGACAUAAUUAAUCCAGAUACGUUUCAAUAUACUGGUAGUCCUCUGGUACGAGGAGGUUUUAAUUGGGGUUUGCAUUUUAAAUGGGAUAAUGUGCCAGUUGGUACAUUUGUACAUAAUGAAGAUUUUAUAAAACCUGUAAAAUCUCCAACAAUGGCUGGAGGUUUAUUUGCAAUGGACAGAGAAUACUUUACAAAAUUAGGAGAAUAUGAUGCUGGUAUGGAUAUCUGGGGUGGUGAAAAUCUUGAAAUAUCAUUUAGAAUUUGGAUGUGUGGUGGAAGUAUCGAAUUGAUACCGUGUUCGAGAGUUGGACAUGUGUUUAGAAGAAGGAGACCAUAUGGUACAUUUGAUCAACAUGAUACUAUGUUGAAAAAUUCAUUACGCGUCGCGCAUGUUUGGUUAGACGAAUAUAAAGAUUAUUUCUUAAAAAACGUUAAGAACAUUGAUUAUGGCGAUAUUACGGAAAGGCUAAAUUUACGAAAGAGAUUAAAAUGUAAAAAUUUUUCGUGGUACUUAAAUGUAGUAUAUCCUGAAUUAGCAUUACCAGAUGAUAACAAAAAUAAAUUAAAAGAUAAAUGGGCAAAAAUUGAACAGAAACCAAUACAACCUUGGCAUUCUAGAAAAAGAAAUUACACUGAUCAGUACCAAAUUAGACUUUCUAAUUCAGCAUUAUGCAUUCAAAGUGAAAAAGAUAUUAAAACAAAAGGGUCUAAACUUAUUUUAGCGCCAUGUUUAAGAAUUAAAUCUCAGAUGUGGUAUGAGACUGAUAAAAAAGAAUUAGUACUUGGUCAAAUGCUUUGCAUGGAAGGAAGUGAGAAAAUUCCAAAGCUUGGAAAAUGCCAUGAAAUGGGCGGCAAUCAAGAAUGGCGUCACAAAAAUACUAAUAAUACACCUAUAUAUAACAUGGCAGCUGGUACAUGCUUGGGAAUAAUGCGGGGAAUGAAAAGUACACAAAUUAUAAUGGAUUUAUGUACUAAAAAAGAUACAAGCUCCAUAUUAUGGGAUUUGGUACACUCUAAAAUUUUUUCAAAAGAAAUUAGGUGACACUAAAUAAAGCGAAC